AUGUACGUGGCACUGUUUGGGAAAGUUGGUGUUUGGUUUAGGUUGCGCCGGAGAUGCGGUCCAAAAAACCAUCUUAACAAUUCGAGCAAGGACACAACAGCUGGCGAUCAAAAAGGAAGAAAACUCAGUAGAAGCCCGAUCAGAGACCAAGAAGAAGGAGGACGCAAAAGAAGAGUGAACGAGUCGAAAGCCCUCAAGAUGCCGCGAAGAACCGAAGUUAAAGCCUCGGAGUUACAGUUCGAGAACUUUCUUGCAGCGAUGGUUGAACAAAUGCGAAUUCAACAUGAAGAAAUGAAGACGCUGCUCACCGCUAUGGCAUCCACUCAGAGAACCGCCGUCUGGUCCGACAAAGAGGUGGGUCACACUUCCGCCGAUUGGUAG